AUGGGUGAGAAGAGGGGUAUGGCACGGAUGCUACUGGAAUGCAGUCUCAGCGACAAAUUGUGUGUGGUCCAGGAGCAGCAGUAUGAAGUGAUCAUUGUCCCGACUCUCCUGGUUGGCCUCUUCCUCAUCCUUCUUGCAGUCAUCUUGUGGCUUUUUAUAAGAGAACAAAGAUCCCGACAGCAGCGUCCUGGAAUUCGAGGCAGUGCUGCUGGGCCUCCAUCUAGGAGUCCAAGUUGGGAAGCAACAGGACAUGGAGGAAAAGUGCUGGUGCCACUUAAGGAGACAUCAGUGGAAAGUUUUCUGAGAGCUUCCACAUCUGCUUUGUCUAAGCUGCAGGUGCCCCGAGAGCAAUUCUCAGAAGUUUUGGAGCAGAUCUAUAAUGGCAGUUAUGGGAUCAUCUAUCGAGCCAAGAUGUGUACUGGGGACCCUGCUAAGCCCAAAAAUAUUGUCCUCAAGAUUUUAAAAGAACCUGCUGGGCUCCAUGAGGUGCAGGAUUUUGUUGGACGAAUCCAGUUCUAUCAGUACCUGGGGAAACACAAGAACCUAGUACAACUGGAAGGCUGCUGCACAGAUAGACUGCCACUCUAUAUGGUGUUGGAGGAUGUGGCCCAGGGGGACCUGCUCAGCUUUCUCUGGACCUGUCGCCGGGAUGUAAUGACCAUGGAUGGUCUUCUCUAUGAUCUCACAGAAAAGCAAGUCUAUCACAUUGGAAAGCAGGUCCUUUUGGGUCUGGAAUUUCUGCAGGAUAAGCAUCUGUUCCAUGGGGAUGUGGCAGCCAGGAAUAUCCUGAUCCAAAGUGAUCUGACUGCUAAACUCUGUGGAUUGGGAUUGGCUUAUGAAGUUCAUGCCCUUGGAGCCAUCUCUUCUGCUCGGACCAUCCCUCUCAAGUGGCUUGCCCCAGAACGGCUUCUCCUGAGACCUGCUGGCAUCAGAGGAGACAUCUGGUCCUUUGGGAUCCUGCUUUAUGAGAUGGUGACUCUAGGNNNNCCACCAUAUCCUGAAGUCCCUCCUACCAGCAUUCUACAGUAUCUUCAGAGGAGAAAAAUCAUGAAGAGACCCAGUAGCUGCACACAUACUAUGUACAAUAUUAUGAAGUCCUGUUGGCRCUGGAGUGAGGACAAUCGUCCCUUACCCAGAGAGCUGCGCUUUCGCCUAGAAGGUGCUGCUAGAACUGCUGAUGACAAGGCUGUUCUGCAAGUACCAGAGUUGGUGGUGCCUGAACUAUAUGCAUCUGUGGCUGGUAUCAGUAUAGAAAGCCUUUCCUACAGCUACAGCAUCCUUUGA